UUUUCACUUUCGGUUAUCUUCAUAAUUAAAGCUGCAACAGAGAUGAAGUGUAUUGACAAAAAUGGCGUACGCAGCCAAACUUUUAAAUCCAAUUAGACAAUCGCUUACUGCAAUUACCACUUCAACUAAAUCAGUCUCUCACAGUCACUCCACCCAACUGUUCUAUGGCAAAUUUGCACCGUUAAAUACAUGGAGAAAGAACCUAGAACCUGUGCUGCGUAAUAAUAUUUCAAGAUUUCAGUAUCAAUUAAAUAUACAAAGUAAAUAUGUUCAGAGUUUCUGCACAUCAGGAAGUAAAACUAUUGGAUGUAUGUUUGGUGUGUCAGUUGCAUUUGGAUCCAUCUGCUUUCGACCCCAUGUUACAUAUGCUAUGGAUGAUGUUUUGCUGGAUGAUUAUCGCGUAGAGUUGUCAGAUGGUUUGAAUGAGCAAGAAGAUCAGUUUGCUUUUUGGACCUUUGUAAGGAAAUUCUGGCUGCCAUCACUCUUUAUACUUACCGUGUUGAUAAACUGGGAACAUCCUUUCCUACUUGGGACAAAAAUCUUUCUUUUACUCAUCAGCACAAAGCCUAGUCCUCUGUCGGUUUAUCUUUAUGUUGAACAGUUUUGCCAUCAGUUGAUGCGUCAAAGGCCCCACUUAUUCUUGUUUAAGACGUUAUAUGCCAACAAAGUUGAAGUGCAAGAUUAUAUGCUUCUUUGCCUUGCUAGAGUUGAAGUCAUUGAUCAGAAACUAACUUUGGUAGGGAUUCUUGGAGGUUGGUGGGCUUUGCCAUCGUCACAGGGAGUGUUGUCUGAUCUUAGAACAUCGUUGAGAAACAAGGUGUUUUUACUUCAGCAUAGCUUCAAGAAAUCAGCUGGCCUUUCUUUUGAGUUCACCGAAUCCUAAACUGUGGACUACUGCCGAACUUCUAAGAGGUGGUAUUGAUAAGCGGCCGAAUUUGGAUCCAAGGAAGGAGCACAAAACAUACCACCCCACUGAGGAAAGUAGAUGAAGGUGAGGGGGAGAGUGCAAAUAAUCAUCAUAAGCCCCAUUAGGGAAAUGCUUGUUUGCUUAGAAAACUCCGAGCCCGAGAAUAACAGCAUCUGGGUGACGACUGCCCCCACCGUCCCGCCGCUCCCAGUCAUUCCCGAUAUCACUCCCAGUGACCUGCAUUCAUACAAAAACACACGACAGGAUGGGUCAAAAUUUAUUAGUUAGUUCCACUUGAAGCAAAAUCAUUUUGCAUUUCUUUGGUUAUUGUUUUGAAGAAUGCUUCUCAAUUUGAGUAAAAAGGCUGUAAAAAUGGGGAUCACAGUGAAUGAUGCCCCCAGUGAUCUGAUAA